AUGAGGGAGAGAGAGAAAAGCAGGGAGUAGGAAAGAGAGAGAGGGAGCGAGGCAGGAGCUCAGAGCCAAAGCAGAUGUUUAUCUUCUUCAAGCAAAAGCAAAACAGGAGAGAUGAGCGCGGCAGGGAAUAGCUCGGUGUCCGUCCCUCCGCUGGGCUUCCUGCAGACCCUUCUUCCCUCCCCCAGCCCAAGCCUGGCCCCUGCAUUCCUGCCCAGCCCUGCCCUGCCCAUCCUGCUGGCCGUGCUGUGCAUCAUCCUACUCUUCACCACCUGCGCUCUCUUCCUGGCCCUCUGCAAGCCUGCCAGUCUGGAGGAGGCUCGAUACGGGCCGCGCGAGUGCAUGCCAUACCACUCCGCCGACGCCAGCGAGCCGCAGCUACGGCUCUGGAAGAGGCUGGGGUCCCUCCGGAGCUCCCUCUCCUCUUUCCGCCGCACCCGGCCCCUGUCCCUGGCACAGCGCCCCCUGCAGCGCAGGACUCGACAACACGACCAGCAGCAGCUCAGCCUGCGGUGUGCAGAACAGCAGCUCCAGAUCAUUGAGUCUACAAAGAUGUGACCACUGACCUCCACCAGCAGGAGUGGGUGUAUGCACUGCAUUGCUGGGAAUGCUAGCACAUAAGAGAAAAACAAAUUAAAGAAAAUGUACGAAUGAGAGAAGGCUGUUUGACGCAUCUAAGCUCAUCUGGUUCCCAGUAGCUGAUUGAUUGCAAAGGUUUGUCAAGUGAGGUCUUAAAGGAUCCCAGUGAUUCAACAUCAACAGCAUGGCUAGGCAACCCAUUCCAUACCCUCACCACUCUCUGUGGGAAGAAACGUCUCCUGCCCUCUGUCCUAAGUCGAUCUCCACUUCAUUUGUAACUGUUGGUGUAGCGAGCUGGGACACGGUUCAAAAUGAACAGCAUAGUGAAGUGAAUAAGAGUGAGCAGGCACCUCAGGGUGUGCAUUAUUUUCUCCAAUUCAAUAACUGCAGCACUGAUAUAUUCUAAUGCUAUAUAGAAAAGACACAUAGUGCAUAGCGAUUGUUCUUGCUGACACUAAGAUUGCUUAUGUUUAUUUCACAAGCAGCAAACAGGUGAAAAUUAAAACCCUCCCAUAUUUCUACAGCGGCUGACUGACAGGAGUGCCCUUUGCAUGGUUGCUUGUUAUGGUUUAAAUCCUUGGUUCAGUACAGUAAACGUGGCCUCAGCUAGUGCUCUUAGUCCUGGAAUUUAGUGCUGCAGAUAACCUGCAGUACUAAAACGAAACAGACCACUGUUAUAAAGGAAGGUGAUCCAUUACUUUUAAAACGCUCCAUCAUAACAUAUGCAGUGGUACUAAAAAAUACACUUUUAGACAGUUUAGAUGGACACUGUCAUCAAAAUGUCAACUUUUGACGGCACAGCAAUAGCAAUUGAUAACAGCAAGUUACGCAUCGACACAGAGAAUGGGCUCUUGCGGCACGGAUUGAAGACUAGGUUUAAAAAUGUGUUCUUGUCUUUUUUGUCUUGCACUUUCUUUUUUCUCUUCACCGCUUCACUCUAGCUUGUUACUGGACGAUAUUAUUUUGUAGCCUUUUCAUUAUUAUUAUUUUUUUUUUUAAUAAAAUAGUUUUAGAUGAAUGCUUCAUAUAUGUUUUUGUCAGAAUUAAACCUUAAAGUGAACUUACAUGUAGCAGUCAUUCUGAAGAAGUUUACAGUUUUUGCGUCCUAUCAAAAUUAGACCUUUGAGGAUUAAACUAUAUAAACCUAAUAUAUAUUUAUAUAUAUAUUAGAAAACAUAUCUGAGAUUUCCUUUAACACACACACACACACAC